AUGGAGAUCAAGCAGAUUUUCCUGAAAACGCGCGCCGAGUUUGGCAAGCAGUGCAUCUUCGACACGUGGGGACCGCACAUGGACGAGGAGAUCAGGCCGAAUCCCGUCGCUAUGGCAGAUUACAUUACGCGGACUCACUGCAACGUCGGUGUGCUGCACACCAAACAGUUCGCGUUGCACGAGGCCCAGACUGCCAACGGCCAGACGAAGAGCAGCGGAAUGUUUCACUUCGAGGGUGGUUGGCCAAGGGAGAUCAACCCGAAAGACGAGGAAACCACAGCGAGAUUUCGCAGGCGGGUCGAGAAGGACGACGAGUGGGCGCCGAAAUUACGUAACUUAUUCCAACAAAUGGAACAUGGCGUCCUUCAGAACGGCGCGCUCAACAUAUACGAACAGUAUUUCGACGAUAUGGUGCCUACGGAACUGGUGAAGCCUCGGGAUCUACGCACGCUGAACGUCUACGAGAAUCUACAAACACCGGCGGAAUCGGUGAAUGACAUUUCUUGGUCGCCAGACUCCGGUAGUAAAAUGGUGGUCUCAUACUACUCGGAGCUUGGAACCCAGCCAGAUUACAGCAACAUUGUGUACAUCUGGCAGAUUGACAAUCCUAACGAGCCCUGGAUGACACUGAAGGCCACGUCCGCCACGUUGGUCAGCGAAUUUAAUCCUCGUGAUCCGUCUGUACUCGCCAGCGGCCUGAUGUCGGGCCAAGUUUGCAGCUGGGACGUCAGGACUGGCAGCACUCCGGUCCAGACGUCUCAUCGUCAAUUCAGUCAUAGAGACGCCACGACGACGGUCAAGUGGAUCACCACGAAGAGCAACACGGAGUUCUUCUCCGGCUCUACGGACGGUCGAGCCAUGUGGUGGGACACCAGGAAAUUGCGGAAACCGACCGAAAUCCUCGUGUUCGAUCUUCAGACGCCGAACGAGCCGCAAAUAGACCGCGCGAUCGGCGUCUCGUCGGCCAACUUUGAGCCCAGCGUGAGCACGAAGUUCAUGUUCGGCCUGCAAAACGGCGUCGUGAUCAGCGGCUCGAGAAAGGCACGGACACCGGCUGAAAAAUUGGCCUGGACUUUCGAUGCGCAUCACGGCCCGGUCCUUGCCGUCGAUCGCAACAGCUUCAACCCGAAAAUCUUUCUGACCGUCGGCGACUGUAUCGUCCGUGUCUGGGCGGAGGACGCUAAAGACAGCAGUCUCGUGUCGACCAGAUUUAUAAAAGAAGACCCGGUCAGCGGUUGCUGGAACAAAGCGAGACACUCGAUCUUUUACGUGACGACACGCACUGGGAUAUUGACCGUGUGGGACCUUCUGGUGGGCCUUAGCGAGCCCAUCCUUUCGGUACAAAUAUGUAAGGAAAAAUUAACUGCGAUCGCGGCACACGAGAGAGGCGAUCUCUUGGCCGUCGGCAAUUCCGCCGGCAACGUUUUCCUGGUCGAGUCGACGGAAGCGCUAUACUCGUUCGAUAAAAAUGACAAGAACGACUUCUCGUUGUACCUGGAGGGGUGUUCCCGUUUCGUAAAGGCGAUAGACACGCGACUGAAGGAAAUAAAAUUGACGAGAACGUACGUCACGGAGGAUGAAUCAAAAAGCGUGUUGGAAGUUCCGAGAGGAAAAAGGAAGAACAAAUUGAUGACAAAAAGUCAGAAUCGCGAUAAACAAAAGACGCAAGAGGACAAGUUGAAGAAUUACCGUAAGAAAAACAGAAUCAUAAAGAAAAAGAGGCCUAAAGACGAGUUUGACGAUCUUCGGAUAGUCGAGGAGAGAUUUUUCGAAAUUGUGGAGAAGGAAAAACAGAAAUACGAAGAGGACGAGCGUCUUUCAACAGCUUCAAAGAUCAUCUCAACUAUAAGAAAAGCUGUCAGUAGGAGGAAGAUCGACAAGGAUUCCAUCGAGACGAUGGACGAGGCGGAAGAUGUCGCGGCGGAGAUACCCGCGAAGAAAAUCGCCGUCGCGAAGAAGACCAAGAUCGUGAUUCCUACGACGGAAGUAGACCUGCAUGUUGAACAGGAGAAGCCGAUGGUGGAGGAACCCUUGCCUCCGCAGACGGAAGUGAUCGUGGAAUCUCCGACGGAGGAAAUUAGCAAGAGGAAACGCAGGAAGCGACUAAUGCCCGUCGCUUUCAGGUUGCCGAGGCCGUGCAAAGUUGGUGUCUGCAAACCUGACAUUUGCUGCCGCGGAAAAUUAAACACUAGGCAUAUUGAAUCGCCGGCCGUGGUUAGGUUCGCAGAUCGUGCGGCCAGAGAUCGCAUGAAAUGGACUCGCGACGGAAUCGACAUGGAAAAGAGAUCGGAGGACGAGGUCGGAGCGAGGACGCCGGCCGAACGUAAGGUUUGCGAAACGAGACAGAAGAAACGGGAAUCUUGGACGAAGCUCGUGCGAGCUUAUAAACGCAAAGCGUCGUCCGCGGGAACAAUUCGUUCUCUCUGGGAGAUGACGGAGCUGCCCGAGGAACUACAAGGGGCCGCGAGAAAAGCUAAAAGGGAGAUCCGGGAAGCCAAACGAAGCAGUGAAACAAGAACGAGAGUGAGGAAGCUCGCCAAGAGAGUUCUGAAGACGAGCGCCACAGCUGCGGAAAAAUCUCGAGAGGCUCCGAGAGGCUUGCAAGAGAAGGAGAAGGGGUGGUACCCUACCAAGGAGGUCACGCCGAGGAGCACGACGGCGAGGAUCUUGGCGGCGCGGAAAGGAAAGAGAGCCGUCAUGAUGGAUCCCUGCACUCCUUGGAAACCGCCCUCGCUCCUGAAGGAUUUGCAGAGUCUCCUCGGAGGCCCUUUGCCGGAAUCGAUCGAGGAAAAGACGAAUCCGGGGAUGGCUCGCAUAAAAGAGCUGGAGGCUGCUCGCGGUAGAGUUUAUCCGCGAAUUUCCGACUUCCACUCUAUCGAUUGAUGUCACGAUAUUCAAGUAUUUCUAUGUUUUUCUUACAUCAGUGCUUUCUUACAUCACGCUACCCUUGAAAAGUUACGUUUUCUUCCCUUUUCUUUACAUAAAAAAUUACCGCGCCAAUUUCGCGCGGUGAUAACGAUAGAGAAAAUAGUUCUUUCGUAUUUUUGUUAUAAUUUCUAUUUGAUUCAGGUGAUUAGGUAGUGACGUGUAGAUUUAGAAUUUA